UUCGUUCUCUGUCUCUCACUUCCCCGCUCUUCCCUUUGUACUUUGAACGAUAUAUACUGCUAGGGUUUUAGGCAAUCAGAGAGGUAGUUAGUGAGUGCCCUGUGUUUACGAUAAAGAGAGAGAGAGAGAGCAAAAGAGGAAGAGGGCGAAGAUGGUGGCCGACAAGACCAAGAAGUUGAAAGUUGCCGAGAAGGGCGAGAACUUAGAGGAAAUUGACGGAGAGCUUGUCCUCUCUAUUGAGAAGCUGCAGGAGACCCAAGACGAGCUCGAAAAGAUCAAUGAGGAGGCAAGUGAUAAAGUUCUCGAAAUAGAGCAGAAGUACAAUGAGAUAAGGAAGCCUAUCUAUGAGAAGCGGAAUGAGAUUAUCAGAACUAUUCCUGACUUCUGGACAACAGCUUUUAUGAGUCAUCCUGCCCUUGGUGAGAUUCUGAAUGAAGAAGAUCAAAAGAUAUUUAAGUAUUUGAGUUCUUUGGAGGUUGAGGAUUUUAAGGACGUCAAAUCGGGCUAUUCAAUUACCUUUGUAAAAUUUCAAUCCAAUCCAUAUUUUGAGGAUACAAAACUUACAAAGACUUAUACCUUCCUUGAAGAAGGAACUACAAAGAUCACUGCCACGCCUAUAAAAUGGAAAGAGGGCAAGGGUAUACCUAAUGGAGUCCAUGAGAAGAAAGGGAACAAGCGACCUCCAGCUGAUGACAGUUUCUUUAGCUGGUUCAGUGAUGUUGAGCAGAAAGAUGAUAUGGAUGACCUGCAUGAUGAGAUUGCAGAAUUAAUUAAGGACGACUUGUGGCCAAAUCCGCUUACUUAUUUUAAUAAUGAGGAGCCUGAUGAAGAGGAUGAGGAAGAUGGUGAUGAUGAGGGAAAGGAUGAAGACGACUCUGAAGAUGAUGAUGAAGACCAAGAUGAUGACGACGAUGAUGAUGAGGGUGACGGAGAUGAUGGCAAAUGA